UGGAUUUUUUUGAAAUAUCUGAACUGUCAGUGGUGAUGUGUAGGACUCCAGGUGCUCCCGCUCAUGGUAUUGUGGAAGGAGAUGACUUUAAAUACGGGGCCCACAUUUACUUCAAGUGCAACGCAGGUUACAGCUUAAAGGGCAGCCGUGUUGCCUACUGUCAGCUUGAUGGGACUUGGUCAGCACAUCAUCCUGAAUGUGUUCUAGAUGAAAAAACCUGCUCAGAUCCUGGUGGUCCACUCAAUGGCUACAGAAGAGUAGUAGAAGACACUGGGCUCUUGAAUGGACAAUAUGCAAAAACUGGCACAGUCAUUGCUUUCUUUUGUAACAACUCAUAUGUUCUUAGUGGGAAUGAACAGAGGACCUGCCAAGACGAUGGACAAUGGUCAGGGAAGCAGCCAAUCUGCAUAAAAGCCUGCAGAGAGCCAAAGAUCUCUGACCUGGUGAGACAGAAAGUGCUUCCAAUGCAGGUUCAGUCAAGGGAAACACCUUUGCAUCAACUUUACUCAUCUGCAUUCAGCAAGCAAAAGCUUGAAAUGUAUCCAACCAAGAAGCCAGCGCUGCCAUUUGGAGACCUGCCCCCAGGGUACCGGCAUCUGCACACUCAGCUCCAGUAUGAGUGCAUUUCUCCUUUCUACCGCCGCCUGGGUAGCAGCAGGAGGACCUGUCUGAAGACAGGAAAAUGGAGUGGGAGAGCCCCUGUGUGUAUUCCAAUCUGUGGAAAAGCAGAAAACACGACCCUUCAGAAGACGGUGAAUGCUACCAGGUGGCCCUGGCAAGCAGCAAUCUAUCGAACAGCCAACGGGGAGAAGGAGAACAGUCUGCGGAAAGGGGCCUGGAUCCUUAUCUGCAGCGGGGCCCUGGUGAACGAGCGCACUGUGGUGGUGGCUGCUCACUGCGUCACUGACCUGGGCAAGACCAUUGUGCUCAAGACAGCAGAGCUCAAGGUGGUUCUGGGCAAAUUCUACCGAGAUGAUGACAGGGAUGAAAAGACCAUCCAGAACCUGCGGAUUUCUGCCAUCAUAGUACAUCCCAAUUAUGAUCCUAUAUUACUUGAUUCUGACAUAGCUAUCCUGAAACUCUUGGACAAAGCCAGAAUCAGCAGUCGUGUUCAACCGAUUUGCUUGUCAUCUUCUCACGACUUGACUUCAUCCACAGAGGAUUUAAAAAUAAUGGUUACUGGCUGGAAAAUAUUGGCUGACAUUAAAGAUCCUGGAUACAAGAAUGACACAAUCCGCAUGGGAGUUGUUCGCAUGGUGGAUUCACUGUUGUGUGAGCAACAGUAUGAAGAUAAUGGGAUCCAAGUCAGCAUCACUGACAGCAUGUUCUGUGCCAAACAAGAUCACACAGCCUUUUCUAAUAUCUGCCCUGCUGAGACUGGUGGAAUUGCAGCCAUAACUUUGCCAGGAAAAGCAUCUCCUGAGCUAAGGUGGCACCUGAUGGGAUUAGUGAGCUGGGGUUAUGACAAAACUUGCAGCCUAGAACUCUACAGUGGCUACACCAAAGCUCUUCAAUUCAAAGACUGGAUUGAGAAGAACCUGAAAUAACAAGCUGUGUCUAGAAAUGGCAUUGUAUAACUAUCAUAAUAUCUCUCUCAGUCGCCACUGCUUUAGGCUUCUCAUCCCUGUGAUGAGCCAUGUCUGGGAUAGGGUUAAGGCAGACAGCCUGGUAAUUUGACCUGGGAUCAGAUGUUCCAUCAGGCUACUUUUACUUAACCCAUGACAGAGGGUAUUAGUGCAUGAGAAGUUUUGCCAUAUUUAACCUGUCUCCCCUGACGGGAGGAUGAUG